AUGCAUGCACGCUCCGGAUUGCUUCUGCGGGGAGUCCAGGCAGCAGGUGGUCGUGCCCACCAUCAAAGGUCUGACUCGCUCCCUUCUGUCUUGGUGAUGCGCUCUCGUCGGAGCCUGCCACCGCGGAAUUCGCUUUCAGCCUCUGUCUCCUCGCCGCCGGUUUUUUUCCUUCCUCGAUCUCUCUGCCGCAACAACUCCUCUGGAACGCGUUCAUCGCAUUCCUCUUCUCUGACUUUCCACCGGGUCCCUCCCGCAUCUUCGACGCUUGAAAGGAGGACCCUCCGACGUCCAUUUGCUUCUCUUUCGCGCCUCUCGCACUCAGGCCAGUCGGAGUGGCGCAGGCAACCGCAUGGCCUCUGUUCUUCACCUCCGUGUUUCUCCUCGACAUUUCCCACACCCUCGCCUCCUCGGAAACCGGGGCUCUUCUCGUUUCUCUCUGGGCUCACGCAGAUCAGCUCUCGCGGAAGUCGCGCUGCAGGCAGCGACGAACUCAGGCCUGGACUCCUGCAACUCCCAGGUGUACAUACACCUGAGCAGCUCGUCCGCCUUGGACGCCAAGCGGUCGCGGACUGCGAGGCCUUCCUCGCCACUGGCGGUGCACCCACCUCGUCUUCUUCAGGCAGUCGUGAAGAAGGGAAGCUUUCCUCCCCGUCGUCUUGUCCUUCUUCUGCUUCUUCAGGGGAUGCCUCAGAUGUUUCUUCUUCGUGGAAAGAAGCCCGGCGCGCCGUGCAGGCGCUGGAUGCCGUCAGCAACACUCUGUGCAAAGUCGCGGAUGGUUCGGAGCUGCUCAGACAAGUGCACCCCGAUCCUCGAUGGAAGCAGGCGGGCGCCGAAGUCGUUGCUCACGUACAGGACUUUAUGAGCCGCGUAAAUGUUAACAACAAGGUGUACGACAAGCUGCAUCGCCUCACCGAGGCACUGGGCGACUCCCUCUCCAGGGAAGCCCAGGCUCCUUCCUGCCUCUCUCUGCCCUCUUCCUCCACAUCUGCCUCUUCUUCUCCCUCGACGUCCUAUCCUUCUUCUUCCUCUCUUCCUUCCUCUCUUUCUUCCUCUCUUUCUGCCUCACCCUCGUCUGCAUCGAGCGAAGACGAGGGCAACAUGGCAGAAGGAGACGAAGGGGCGGGAGUUUCCUCCGCGCAAACUGAAAACGCAGAAAAGCAUCGCCUGACGACGGAGGAAAUUCUCGUCCUUCGCAGCAUGCGCGACGCCAUGGAGCAGCAGGGCGUUUUCUUGGAACCCCAAGUGAAAGAUCGCUAUUUGAGGCUGUUGACGGAGGAAGCGACGCUGGCGGCUGGGAUAGCGGAACGGCAGGAGACGCCGCAGAGUACAGAAGGUUUCCUUGUUUCCACGGAUGUCCUGCUCGCCUCCGGCGUUCCUGCCAGUCUGCUGGCGCAGCUGCAGGGAGAAAAACGUUCGUUCUUCUCUCCAAGACGACGCCCACUUUGUCGCCGCGGCGGCUCUGGGGGCGACCAGGUGCUCGUCGCUGCUCACAGCGAGCUGGCGCAUGUCAUCCUCAGGCAGUCCGCAGACUCUGGCCUGCGUCGCGAAGUCUACGAAUUGCAACGUCUUCCCGGCAAAGACGACAAGGAAACCGAGAAGCAGCUGCUUCGUCUGUUGCAUCUGAGACAAGAACUCGCGAAACUGCGAGGCUACCCGACGUGGACGGCGUACGCGCAGAGAGAUGGCAUUCUGAAGACACCUGACAAGAUCAACGCCUUUCUGUCUCGUCUCCUCGACGCCCUUAGACCGGGAGUGGAAUCGGAUUUGAAGACGCUGUCGGUCUUCGGAGCUUCUUCUGGCCUCCUCAGGGAUGCCAAAGGCCUCGACCCUUGGGAUUUGCCUUUCCUGCUGCGGGCGUACAGUGUCCGUACACCCGAUGGCUCGACCGGCGCGCGCAGCAUUUCGAUCCGCGAUCUUCUCGAGGGGAUGCAGUCUGUUGUGGAGCGUCUUCUCGGCCUUCGUUUCGUCAGAGCCCCUACCGCGAAGGGAGAAACUUGGCACUGGAGCGUCCUUCGCUACGAACUCCAUGAGGCUCCCUCCUCCCGUGCUUCGCGGCUCUUCUCCUUCUCUCCCUCUUCGUCUGCUUCUCCGCCGUCCUCCUCUCUUGAUGCGUCUUCGUCUUCGCUGAGAGGCGUUUUGUAUCUCGAUCUCUGGGCUCGACCCAGCAAGACGAGGUUGCUUGCACAGUUCACCGUGCGAGGCUCGAAGCGUCUCUCGUACGCCCACGGCCAAGGGUGGCGACUGGGGGGACCUCUGUGGCUCUCAGCAGUGCAGCGCCUCUCUCGCGAAGGAGCCGCGUCUGAGGACGAGGCGAGCGCCACCGCCACGGUUGCCGUUGAAGAAGAACUCCGACAAAUUCCAUGUGCUGCGCUCGUCUGCAGCUUGCCGCCUCCUCCAGAGGUCGACAUGACACAGCCGACAGGGCCUGACGUGGACCGCCUGUUGGAGGCGACGUCGCUCUCUGCCUCGCUGACUCGCAGUUUGCUCCACGAAUGCGGCCAUGUUCUCCACUCGCUGCUUUCCGAGACCGAGCUGCAGCACUUGUCUGGAACGCGCGGUGCCGUGGACUUCGCCGAGUUCCCCUCAAACCUGUUUGAACACUUCAGCGCGCCUCUGUUGGACGGAUACCUCGCCUCUCCGACCCGACGCGCUCGCCCUGCCCUCGGCUCGGACGGGCGCGGCAAAGCCUGCAACUUUGCGCACCUCGGCGCGCUGCAGCUCCUCCUGCAUGCAUGCGUCGACCAGGCCUUCUACAGCUUCGUGCCGGGGGUCUCCGAGCUGCCGCCUUGCUCGGGAGACGCGCGGGCGCCUUCGCCGCCUCCCGAGGCCGUCGACGCCCAGCUCGCAGCGCUCCGCGGGUGCUUGGACACCGCGUUCAGCCGCCACCACUGGCUGGCUGGCGACCCGCGUCCGGGCGUGACGGAGCAGCCGAUCUGCGACGUCGUCGGCAGGCCUCAAAUGGCCCGGUUCGAGCACCUGGUCCAUUACGGCGGGAGCUACUUCUGCUACCUUCUUUGUCGCGUUAUGUCGAGCUUCGCCUGGCAGCAUGCUUUUGCGAAAGACCCUUUCGACAGAGAAACAGGGAAACGAUUGCAUGCAAUUCUGCGUCGAGGCUCGAUCGACUGUUCUCUCCGACCCAUUCUGGAGCUGGCCGGUCCCGGCGUUCUCUCUGAAACUCAGAAAGAGCAGCUUUUGAACAAUCCUCAUCUACUUCCUGUGGAGCCCUUUUUAGAGGAACUGCAUGCAGACGAUGCAUCCGCCGCAGCGGAACUUCCGUUCCCGUGA